AUGACGGUCAGCUAUCAUAUAAAGGUCAAUUCUGAGUACACAACGAGAAUUGUUCCUCAAUGUGGCCUGAGACAAGGAGAUCCAUUGUCGUCAUAUCUCUUCAUUUUAUGUGCAGAAGGCUUGUCUGCUAUGUUGCAAAAAGCUGAAGCUGUAGGAAAAAUCAAGGGGGUCAGAGUCAGCGUCAGCGAAGCCUGCACUGCGCCGUCCUUGCGCGUGCUUCGCAGACACGACGGCCAACUCCCGCCCCCGCUUUACAGCUUUCCUUCCCGCGGAAGCAAAUCGUGUCCGUCCGUUCCCCACCCCGACUCCACUGCAUGUGAUGUGCUGCCGCCGCUGCUCUUUCCCUCGCUUUCCCCAUUCCUCCUCCCUUCCCGCCUCCCGCCGCCAGCGCCGGCCAUGACGCCGCCGGCCGCCGCGGGCGCGCUCGCCCAGAUCCUGCACGCCCUCCUGCCGCCGCUCCUGCUAGCGGCGGCGUCGGUCAAGGCGCUCCACUCGCGGUGGCGCGCGCUCCACGGCACGCUGCUCGCGCUCCAGUCCUCCCUCGCCGCCACGCCCGCCUCCGCCGCCGCGCACCCGCUCUUCGCCGACCUGGUGGCGUCUCUCCUACAGGCGCUCCGCUCCCUCCACGCGCUCUCGGCCCGGUGCCAGGACCCCGGCCUCCCCAGCGGGCGGCUCCGCCUCCAGAGCGACCUCGACAUGGCCGCAUCCUCGCUCUCGCUCCACCUCCACGACCUCUCGCUGCUCCUCCGCUCGGGACUGCUCUCCGUGGACUCGGUGGCGUCCUCCCCCAACGCUAUCGUGCUGCAGGUGCCCGCCGCUUCGGCGUCGCGCGCGGACAAGUCGCUGUUCGUCAGAGACGCCUUCGCAAGGCUCCAGAUCGGGGGGCUGGACCUCAAGCUCAAGGCGCUCGCGUCGCUGCUGGAGCUGCUGGGCGACGACCCGUGCGCCGAGGCCGCGCAAGUCGUCGCUGCCGAUGGGGACGUCGCCGCGCUGCUCCGCCUGCUCGACGCGUCGUCCCACUCGGCGCUGCGGGACCGCGCGGUCGCAGCCGUGGCUCAACUCGUCACCGCCUGCGCCGCGGCCCGGAGGGUGGUGUUCGACGAAGGCGGCCUCGGCCCACUGUUGCGCGUGCUCGACUCUGGCUCGGCACCGGCCACUCGGCAGCGCGCCGCAGCGGCCAUUGUGGCCAUCACCGCCGACGCUGGCAGCGCAUGGGCUCUGUCAGCUUAUGGAGGAGUGUCCAUUUUGAUUAAUGCGUGCCGUCCUGGCUCCGGAUCUCCCGCUGUGCAGGCACUUGCUGUGGCGGCGCUGAAGAAUGUGGCUUCCAUCGAUGAUGUCCGCUUUGCUCUGGUGGAGGAGGGUGGUUUGCCAGUUCUUGUUGAUCUACUCGCGAGCAGCAGCGCUGGCACGCCGAAGAGUGCUGCUCUCUGCCUCUGGUCGCUUGCUUCCAUGGGAGACCACGAGACGCAGAGCCAGAUUGUGCAAGCUGGUGCCUUACCGCCACUUUUGCAAGCCCUGCAUAUCGCCUCUGACCAGGAUCUCCAGGAUUCUAUACUGCAAGCUAUCCAUGCACUGACAUCAGUCCCUACUGCCGCCAGAACCCUCUGUUCGUCACCACUGUUCUUUGCACAACUCACAGAUCUCAUAUGCCUCUGUGGUAGCAUCCUGUUGCAACAAAUGGCCGCUGAUAUGGUUGCCGACCUUUCACCUACCGUGAGCGAUGACACCAAGCGGUGCAUGGCGCCGUGCAUCGGCUCGCUUGUUAAGAUGAUGGAGGUGGCCAAGCCAGCAACAGUACAGGAGUCAGCUGGUCGUGCACUUCUUGCUUUGCUCACCUUGAAGUCCAAUCGGAAGGGAUUUGUCAGGGAUGAGAAGAGUGUAACAAGGCUAGUGCAGAUGCUUGAUCCCAGGAAUGAGGAGAUUGAUAAAAAGUACCCAGUUUCAAUCUUUCUAGCACUUGCCAUGGGUGGUGGGAAUGGAACGCGACGACGACUUGUGGAUGCUGGUUCUUGCCAGCAUCUACAGAAGCUGGCUGAUGCCGAGGUGCCUGGCGCAAAGAAGGCUUUGCAGAGGAUAUCCAGCAAUCGACUCAAAAGCUUACUCUCCAUAGGAUGGCAAAACUAGUCCAUAUGCUGGGUUGACGAACAGCCCAAAUGUGGAGCGCUUCUAAUUAUAUAAGAACUUAAGUAUUUAUUCAAUUAGGAGUGAUGAUACAAGAACACCGAGCGAGAGAGCGAGGGGUUCUCAGUUUCUCUGCGGCUAAAAGGUGGACAGUAGAUGGUAUUUACUAGUAGUAUAUUAACAAGAUAGAAGCAUGGAUGCGGCAUUUUAGGAAGUGUCCUAGAGCUUCUAUUUUUGCCCAUUUUUUCCUUUCAUUUUUAGUUUCUUCUCCUUUUUCCCGUGGCUAUCACCUGACUUGUGAAAUAAUGAUUUGUUUGUGUGUUGAUUUGGAAUGAAGCAAAUGUGUGAUCUAGCACAUCUCA